AUGGGCCGUGGUCUAUGCACCCAAGGCCGUCUCCUCUCUCAGGGGAGCGAGACGCAGACGGCGGUCCUCUCCCAGGUGGGCUGGUGGGCCAAAGGGAAUACGCGCGGCUCCUGUGCGCGCCGGCGGUCCAGCCAGGCUGACUGCCCAGCCCCAAGCGCUCUCCUCGUAAUGCUGUACGCAGCCAUACUAUACAACUCGGGGGGCGCGGCGACAGGAGCGACAGACACGACGGCUUCUUUGCUUCGCCACACUCGCACGCAGGAACAAUUUCGGGCGGCCAAUUACCGCAGCGCCUCUAGACCGCUUGGGCCGCUGACUGAAGCACCCGUCCCAGCCCUUCAACUGCAACACGGACACACGGCACCAGCACCGCCUGUCGCCCGUCACUGCUGCUGCUGCUGCCACAUUAGCUUGCGGCAGAACAUGUCAACGUUAUGCCAUCCGGCAUUCUGCGGCACGACAAGUCUGGUCAAUGACCCCAUCCGUGCAUUCGGCACCAACGGAUGA